AUGGGCGAUAUCUUGGUGCCUCCUUUUCUUCUUACCUCAGGCGACAAGGCCAAUGAGACCGACCUCGACGGUCUCCUUUUCCGAGCGCCAAGUGCUAACGUAGGGGAAAUCGCUCACCCAACCUCUGGGAUUUCAGGGCUUGUUGUCGAUACUGCACUGACUGGUGCCUGUGUCUCUCCGGCCUCCGGGCUGCCACAUGCACUUGUUUUGUCCACGGAAUCAUGUGUCGGUGUCUCUGGUCCUGUAGCCACUGAAGAAAUGUCGUUGCAGCAUAAGUCGCAAAGAGCAACAGUCUCUUGGUUGUCCGCAUCGACCAGCUCCACAGAACUAGUACCUCCCGCCAUUCUGCUGUAUUUCCGUCGUGGAUGGGGCCAACUGCUACUGCAACCCUUGGGCUUCAAGACAGGACUCAUUUGCUUUCUGGAGCCAGCCAUAGUGAAAGACUCACGCAAAACACCGAGGCCUCUCCGGAUUUUGCUGCCUGCAUCACAAAUUCCUGAUUGCUCUGCUUCAACAUCACUUCUCUAUCUAUUCAAAGCACUGGCCGCCAUUCCCUAUCUUCGAGAGCCUGAUAUAAGCAAGUUUCCGUCAUUGGCAUUAGUUCAGAAAGCGUCUACUCUGCAUCCGUCUAAACAGCAACUCCAUGGACACACAGAGCCUACACUUUCACCUACGCAGUAA